AUGGAUAAUAUAGAGAAACAAGCCGUUGCCAUAGAAACUGAAAGCCAAGAGGAGUUAAAAAAAGGCAGGCUCACGCUCGCGCUCGUCAGCGAGGAGGCGAAAGGCGGCAAAGCAAAAGGGCCAAGGGCCCGCUCGCACGGCCUCCCACGACCGGAGUCCGGAGUAGCAUCAGUCGGGGUGCAGGUGGCACGAGGUGAUCAAUGCAGCCACAGCGGUAAAAUGCGAGGAUUCGAUGGUGACGGUGAGUGGAGGGCGCCCCCGGCCGUGGCUGUCGUCCCUCGAUCCGGAGCUCAGACAACACAUCCAGAGCUGCCCGUGUCCCUGCGACCACAUGGGAUACGGCAACUUCUUAGAUUACCAGUUUGCAAAAAUCACUUUUACUAUUCCUGCGUAGAUUUGAAUUCUACCGAUCUAAAAGCAAUUAAAAAUAAUAAAGCUAAUAUAAAAUUCACUUGCAAAAAUUGUUCAAAGAUAGGAGAUAUUAUUGAUGAUCUGAAGGGUAUGAUUUUGGACCUCCAGAAUGAGAUAAACAAUUUAAAAAAUCAAUCCACAAUUGAUUUUGAAGAUAUUGUCCAAGAACUUCAAGACACGAAUUCACGUAAACAGAAUCUUAUCAUUUACGGAAUGGUGGAAGUUAAAAACUUGUCCAGGAAAGAUCAAAUUAUUUCCGAUAAAAAUAAAAUUAAAAAUAUCUCUCCUAAAGUGGCUACUACAUCUAAUUCGACCAGAUUAGGGAGGUUUGAUGCGACAAAAACCCGUCCAAGACCAAUUAAGAUUCCACAAUGCCCUCGUGAGCUACCAGUCCGAGAAACAUCCUUUAAUGUGCCUCAAUACUACAAUGGUGUUCGAGACUACUACCAUCCCUACGACUACCAAGACUCUCUUGAGUCCUGCUCUUGCAGCUCAGGCUCCGACACAUCUAAAACAACCUUUAGAGGUCCAUGGUGCGUCUGUCUAGUAAUUUGUGUCAUAGUAGCAACUCUAACAGCAGGUCUGGGUCUACCGCUAGCAUUAAGCCCGCAAAUCCCUCCUCAGACCUCAGAAGAAAGGCUCUCUUUAGUUAAAAAAUUACUUAAAGAAACGCCUUUGAUUGAUGGUCACAACGACCUGCCAUGGAACCUGCGUAAAUUCACUCAUAACAAGCUUUUCAAGUUAAACCUUAGCGCAAUUAGUGAAGAAGAGCCUUGGUCUACUAGUAAAUGGUCGCAUACGGACAUUCCAAGGCUUCGCCAAGGCUUGUUAGGAGCUCAAUUUUGGUCUGCUUACGUGCCUUGUAGGGCCCAACAUUUAGACGCUGUUCAAGUAACUCUAGAACAAAUUGAUGUUAUUAAAAGACUGGUGGAAUAUAAUGCUGAGCAUUUUUCAUUAGUUAGGUCUACUGAGGAGAUAAGGAGCGUGCAUAAAUCAGGGAGGAUUGCCUCUUUGAUUGGGGUAGAAGGAGGGCAUGCUCUGGGCAACUCGUUGGCUGUUUUGAGGACUUUUUAUAAUUUAGGUGCUAGAUAUCUAACUAUAACCCAUUCCUGCGACACCCCUUGGGCUACAGGGACCAACACGAAGACCCAAGACGGUCUUUCGGACUUCGGCAAGAGCGUCAUAAAGGAAAUGAACCGUCUGGGGAUGAUAGUGGAUCUCUCCCAUACUUCUAUGAACACUGCCAAGGCGGCUCUGAACGUCUCGCGAGCGCCUGUUAUUUUCUCCCAUUCAAGCGCCUUCUCCUUGUGCAAUUCGUCCCGUAAUGUCCCGGACGACGUCCUGAAACUCGUCGCGCACAACGGCGGAGUGAUCAUGGUGAAUUUUUACACUUACCACGUCACUUGUAACGAAACUGCCACUAUACAAGACGUUAUUAAUCAUAUAAAUCACAUACGAGCUGUUGCAGGAAUCGAUCAUGUUGGCAUUGGAGCAGGUUAUGAUGGAAUUAACAUGACACCCAGUGGAUUAGAAGACGUCUCCAAAUACCCAUAUCUUUUAUCAGAGUUGCUGGCCGAUCCCGCAUGGACAGAGAAAGAUGUCCUCUCCCUAGCAGGUUUAAACUUGCUUAGGGUGUUCGAGAGGGUCGAGGAGGUACGAGACAAAUGGAAACGAGCAGAUGUCCUUCCUCUGGAAGACGCCCUUCCACCGAUGCAUAACCCAUGCUCCUCGCUGUAUUCUUGA